GGACCCACCGGUAUACACGGGCAGUCCGUGUCAGAGGCGAGUCCGGGCACCGCACCCACACACACCCGGUCACAGGUCACCUCAGCACCGCAGGGCUGCUACACAGGACAUACACUGCACAGAUACACCGGCUCACACACAGCACCGAAAUACAUACACGGACACGACGGAGCAAGGGUUCAUUUCGCAGUGUGUGAAGUUGAUAAUCUUUGGCAUAAUUGGAAGAUUUUAGUGCUCAUUUGCUCUGUCUCAUGGAUUGAUUUCCUCCUUGGAAUGUUCCCGCUUAGAUCGUCUCCGCGAGUUUGAGGUGACUGGCGAGCGGCGCUGCCCGCCCUGACGAUAUGGCCGACACGGAGCCCGCCAUCGAGCUGGUGGAGCUCAGCCAUGAGGACACCGAGCCGCCCCUAUUCACCGCCGUGACCUCAGCAGCGGACUCCGGAGGAACCCCUCAGCUGACCGGGAGCCGGGACCAGUCAGCGGCCCCGGAAGCUCCCAUGGAAGAUGGAGAGAGUCCCGAAUCUCCGGUGGAGAGGUCGGGGGAGGGGACGGAGGAGUCGCCGGUCCCCUCUGACAGUCCGUACCGCUCGGCGGUCACCCAGACCGAGCCGCCGCCGGACGGCGUGGACGGCGCGGACGGAGUGUUCCCGGUGCGCCGCGCCGUCUCCGACUGGGCGCUCACAGACCGCAGCCGGCGCACCGCGCACAUCCGCUCCGAGCGGAUCCGGCGCACCGCCCAGCUGUUCGAGGACUUGGUCCAGGCGCAGGAGGAGCGGGAGACGCUGCUGACGGCCCGGCGCCGCGGCCUCCGCGGCCCUGUGGCUCCCGCGCGCGCCGUGUCGGCCCCGCCGCCGCCGGAGCGGGAGGUGCUGCUGGUGCUGCUGCCCAGCCCGCCGGCGCCGCCGCCCAGCCGUCAGGUGGACGCCAUCCUGGCGCACGGCAGCGGGCCGGGAGCCGACAGUGACGCCGAGGGCGACGAGUGGGACGAGAACGCCCUCUGGGAGAAGGUGCGCGCCAAAAUCGCCGCCAGACGGAGCAAGUUCCGCCGGCUCGAGUCGGGCCAGGACGAGCCGCAGCUGAGGAAGCCGGCCCCGGCCAAUGAGAGUCCGCGCCGUCUCUCUACCGAGAGGACCAGCUGGCUGACGAACGGCAAACCGGCCGCAUCACCGCCGACCGCACCAGAGGUGGCGGCCCCCAAACAGGCACCGGCCCCGUCCAGCCGGCAGGGGGCGGGGCGAGGACCCACCGCGCCGAAGCCGCAACAGCGGGCGGCGGCGCCGAGACAGCAGAACGCGGCGGGACUGGCCAGCCAGAGAGCCGCAGAGCCGUCUCAGGAGGCGCCGCCGAAACAGCCGGUGGCGGCGAGACGGCAGCUGAAGGCGGCCGCGGGAGGCACGCAGAACGGCCACGCCACUGAUGCGACGAGGAGCUCCUUUGAAAAAUACAUCGAACAGCGGGAGGAGCAGGAGGUUCUGCGCAGUCUGGGCAGCGCGGUGCUAGCCAAACAGCGGCUCUCCGCCAAGGAGAAGGCUCGCCAGCAGCUGCUCAACGACAGGGCCGAGGCCGAGCGACGGCAGAGGAAGGCCGAAAACCAGCGCACCGACGCCCAGGGCCGGCUGCAGAAGACCAAGGGCAAGCUAACACGGGACAGCGCCUUCGAGAGGAAGGGGCUGGAGACCCUGAUAUCGCGCCUGGAUGGCACCAUUCGCGAGGAGACGCGCAAGAUCAGCAAGCUCACCACGCAGGUCGCCGACGUCGACGCGGAGAUUGAGGAGCUGCGCCGCCGUGCUGCCGCCUAGCGGGAGUCGACGGAACUACGGCGGGGGCUGGGACGCAGCCUGAGAGCUAUAACGGAUGAACUUACGAGCUAGCUGCUUUUCAGAAAUAUUUAUGGUUGCGAGCGAUGUGCGUAUGCUUGGCUGCAAAGCGCGCCAUGGAUUGGUACAUCCACUGCGAGCUUCCUAGCAGCUUUGAUUCCACAGUCAUAUCGAACGUAGUCGGACGCAAAUGACGGUACGCUUGUGAUGAUUAGGUUACACAUUCCGGUUUAAGAGGGUUUACGCUUUUGUUGUGUCCAUGAUAGUGUCUGUCGGUUUUAUUUUAUCCACCGAUCUUACGCUCACGAUCAGACUUGUGCAGUUCAGGUCAAUAUAUACUUAUCGCUCCUGCAAUCAAGCUCGGGAUUCAACCACCCCGAUACCGUGCCUCAUGCCAGUAAAACCAGUCGUGUUUCGGCCACUGUGUAUUGUACCUGGUCUCGUCGCCGAAAUCCCAGACCACGACCAAUGGACGCUCGCCGUGAAAUAUAUAUAUAUACUCUGUGCCUAAAA